AGAGAAGGCAGGCAAGUCCACUAGAUAAUCCUAUUGUUAAGGUAGGGCUGCCAAAGAGGCAAGGCUGCUCUGCUCUCUGUGUGUUGGAUGAGUGGGGUUUUCCCUCCUAUUCUUAUUUCUGUCGCAUUUUUUGGACAGACUGGGCUGAAUUAUUUAUUGUUACUGGUGAGGAAGGAAGGAGCGGUAUGGCUGGAAAGAGGAGGUGACUACCGUCUCUAGAAAGAGGUGGCUACUGCCUUUUGGUGGAUGCUUGUAUUUGUUUUCUCUUUGUCAUGGUCAGCAGUGUUGUCACUGGUCAUGCUAACAUCUUGGUAGGGGAAUUGUGAAGAGUGGAACCACCUCCAACUGCUACUCUCCCCAGCUGAGGGAGCUUCUGACUGGGCUACAGAGCUGGAUCUGUGAUGUAAACCAUCUCAUCCUUCACUCCCCUGUUUCAAGCUACUGUGCAGGACAGAGAAGGCCGUUUCAUGAAUCAAUAUUCGCUAGUUGAAGCCAUGACAGACAAAGGAAACUUCACGGUUCCGAAGCUGCUCCCGGAAUCCAACAUGGUGUUCGGAGUUCUAGGUGUGUUCUUGGGUCUACUCCUUGAGGUUUCUACACACGGACCUCACAGCAUUCCCCGGACCUCCUGGAAACACGAAGAGCUCAAGUUGGUGGAGUUUUCUGAGCCCGGCAUCUUCAACUAUUCCACUCUGUUGUUGAGUGAGGAUAAGGAUGUGCUGUACGUGGGAGCGAGGGAGGCCAUCUUUGAACUCCGCAUGACCAAUGUGUCAAUCAAGAACAACAAGGUUCAAUGGAAGGUCCCGGAAAACCACAUGACGAUGUGCAUCGUAAAAGGAAAAUCUAAAGAGACAGACUGUCUAAACUACAUCCGGGUGUUACAAGUGUUGGACGACAAGCGACUGUAUGUCUGUGGGACACAUGCCUUUCAGCCCGUCUGUCACUACCUAUCCCUAAAGGAUUUUAGUCUGGAGGGUCCAGCGGAGGACGGGAGAGGGAAAUGUUCCUUUGACCCAUCUCAGAGCUUCACAACGGUCAUGGUUGAUGGAGAACUUUACUCUGGAACGUCAUAUAACUUCUUAGGAAGUGAGCCGAUCAUCUCCAGAUAUUCUCUUUCACAGAGUCUGUUGCGGACAGAGUAUUCAACAUCUUGGCUGAACGAACCCAGUUUUGUUUUUGCUGAUGUCAUCAGAGAGGGGAAGAACAGUGCAGAUGGCGAGGACGAUAAGAUCUACUACUUCUUCACUGAGGUGUCUGUGGAGUACGAGUUCUUUGGCAAGCUGCUCAUCCCCAGGAUAGCACGCGUCUGUAAGGGUGAUCUGGGGGGCCAACGAACGCUACAGAAGAAAUGGACCAGUUUCCUGAAGGCCAAGCUGGUGUGUUCCAUGCCAGAGCUCAACUUCGUGUUCAACGUGGUUACUGACGUGUUCAUACUGAAGACUGCUGACUGGAGAGAGACUGUCAUCUACGGAGUGUUCACAUCCCAGUGGGGAAACGUAGGCCUGUCUGCAGUGUGUGCCUACGACAUGUUGUCAGUAGAAAAUGUGUUCUCCAAGGGGAAAUACAUGCAGAAAGCCACAGUGGAACAGUCUCACACCAAGUGGGUGAGGUACAACGGCAUCACCCCCACCCCUCGCCCAGGAGCUUGCAUCAACAACCACCACCGUCUCCAGAACAUCAGCAGCUCUCUCCACCUGCCUGACAAGACCCUGCAGUUUGUUAAGGACCAUCCCUUACUGGAAGACCCCGUCCUUCCCAUCGGCAACGGGCCCAAACUCAUCACCAAGGACGUCAGCUACACCCAGAUCGCUGUGGAGAGGGUGCAGGCGCUGGACAACAACGUAUAUGACGUCAUAUUUACUGGGACCGAUAAAGGACUUCUGCAUAAAUCUGUGGUGUAUGACGGGCUGGUCCAUACAGUGGAAGAGAUUCAGCUUCUCCACAAAUCUGAGCCUAUCAAGACCUUGCUUCUGUCAUCACAAGGGGCGAGGUCCCUGUACGCUGGCUCGGACUCGGGCGUGGUGCAGUCUCCUACUGCGUUCUGUGACAAGUACCCAUCCUGUUCAGACUGUAUCUUGACCCGGGACCCUUACUGUGCCUGGGACCCAGACUCUUCCACCUGUGUCAACAUCUUCCACACCCAGGGCCUCACACACCGGAACUUGAUCCAGAGCCUUAACGGUGAUGCAGACAAGUGUCCCUCAGAGCCAGGGCUCUCCGUGGAGAACUACCAGCGUGUGACAGUUAAACCAGGGAGCUCGGCUGAGCUGCCAUGCCUGGUUCAGUCCAACCUGGCCGUGGUGGUCUGGAAGCAGAACAGCAGCACCAUGACCGAGGCCUCCAAGUUCCACCUGAUGGGUGAGACGGGUCUGCUCAUUUACAGCGUGGCCCCAGAGGACCACGGCCUGUACGAGUGCUGGUCACUGGAGUGGGCCCCUGUUGCAGGGAAGAACUUCAGCCGCCUCCUGGCUGGGUAUGUCCUAGACCUGGAUGUCCCCAGGAGGCCUUCACCACGAGGCCACCCCCCUCAGACCGCCAGCACCCUCAGCUCCUCUCACCCCCACCACCAGUCCACCGCUGCCACUGAAGGUAAUAACGGUAACACCGUGAGACCCCUCCCACUAACUUCAGCCCCUCCCAGCUCCACCGCCCUCACCUCACCACCACCCACUCACAGCGCCUCGUCAUCACUAACCACGCCCCCCAGCAGCAGCAACACCGCCAGGCUCCAGCCCAAGCUCCUUCCCCCCAGCUCCAGCACCCUCCCACUCCCAGAGACCCGGGACCCUGCGACAGAGUACCUCCAACACGACAACAGCAGUACUUUCCUCUUCCUCUUCCUCCUGUUCUUCGUCCUCUUCCUGGCUGCCCUGGUCUACAACUGUUACAUGCAGUACCUACCGGGGCCGUGUCUUCGUCUUCGUGCGGCUCUGCUGGGAAGCCAGAAGAAGCCCCAACCUGAGUAUUUAGCCUGCGAGGCCGGCCUCAUGGAGCCCGUCACAGUAGACAAGCUGGACGUAAAGGAUCAGAUCCGCCUGACUCAGAACGGGGUACAGCUCCGAGCCUUGAGGGACACCGGCUAUGAGACAGAGCCAGAGUGUAGCAAUGGCAAGGUCCCCUCUCGCAGCUACGGGGGAGAAGACAGUCCUUCUAAAGAGAAGCCCUUUGACGUGGACUGUGACUCUCAGCCUAUUGAAUAUGCAGACGCAGAUCAAGAAGCAUCACCGUACUAAAAGAUGCACAUCUCGGCUUCUCUUUUUACUAGUGCAAGAAAUAUGAAGGCUUGUUAUUUAUAGGGGUCUUCUCCCUCGCUGGCUCUCUCCACAUAUACAUACAAACCUGUGUGUUAUACAUAAACUCAGUGGCCACCUCUCUUUCAGAAGGACAGACAGAGGCAGAUUACUUCAGUUAUUAGGAGGUCAAGUCAUACAUCCCGCUUGCCUUCAGAGAUUCUCUUACUCACUCUGGCUACCCCAAGACCAAUCAAAUGUAGGGCCUACUAACUAAAUAUUAAAAUCAUAGCCUAAUCUCUGUGCAAACCUGUAACCAUCUCGCUCUGCAUUUUUCCAGCAAGAAACGCUGAUUUUUAUUCCAAAUUGGAAACAUUGUUUACCAAAUUGGUAAGUUAACUUGUUUUCCAAAUUGGAGCCUUUUUUAGUUAUUUUUUUUGUACAAUUCUGGGAGCUUCUUCUUCUAAGGCUGUUAAAACAUAACAUGGGAGCUUCUUCUUCUAAGGUUGUUAAAACAUAACUUGGGAACUUCUUCUUCUAAGGUUGUUAAAACAUAACUUGGGAACUUCUUCUUCUAAGGUUGUUAAAACAUAACUUGGGAACUUCUUCUUCUAAGGUUGUUAAAACAUAACUUGUUUGUUGUAUUUUUCUGAAUAUUCAGUGAAUAAGGCUAUUUGACGUAGUAGGUCAGCUGCUUUCAAUCUCAACUUAUAGGACGAUCUCCUCUAGAACCUAUAGUACCAUCUUCUCUAGGACGAUCUUCUCUAGAACCUCUAGGACGAUCUUCUCUAGAACCUCUAGGAUGAUCUUCUCUAGAACCUAUAGGAUGAUCUCCUCUAGAACCUAUAGGAUGAUCUCCUCUAGAACCUAUAGUACCAUCUCCUCUAGAACCUAUAGUACCAUCUCCUCUAGAACCUAUAGUACCAUCUCCUCUAGAAUCUAUAGUACCAUCUCCUCUAGAACCUAUAGUACCAUCUCCUCUAGAACCUCUAGGAUCUCCUCGGACAAUCUCCUCUAGAACCUCUAGGACGAUCUGUAAAUUCUCAGGGACGGUUUGUUAGUUCGCUCUAUGCCUUGUUCUCUGGUGGUGGUUAGAAAAAGCUGUCGAUAAACAGACAACCACUGGUGGCCAGUGACUGACGGAAAAGAUGUGGUAUGACUGAUAUGAGAUCUAUAGAUAUUUAUACAAUGGGUGAGUCUAAUCCUGGACGCUGAUUGGUUAAAACUGCAUUCCAACCGGUGUCUAUUCCACAAAUUACCACUGGCUAAAGCUAUAACGUUGAAUUGCCUAUUUACUCUGUUCAAUCCACUGUUUCAUCAGCCCAGCCACUAUAAAAAGCAUCUCGACAUAAUCUACCAUUUCUUUAAGACUAGCAAUUGGUUUUCAGUAGUCUGUCUCUCUCUGACGUUUGCAUCACUGUUUCAGUAUUGACAUUCGAUGUUCAGCUGUCCCAUAGUAAUGAAUGUGUCGGGAUGAGACAGGCAGGCAGAUUUCUCAGCCAGUCAAAAUCAUGAAUCAGCGUCAUUUUUAUGGAUUGUAUACAAAGAAAUGUAAAUCGAAAACAGAACUAAAUGAAGUGCAGCUAAUUUGCAGUCUUUCCAGCUUCCGUUUGAAGUGAUUGUGUUAGCUGUGUUGUUGACUAGCUCCUCAGUGUCCUGACGAGAGAGCACAUUUCUAUGCCAGGUGAAAUCGUGCCUCAUUAGCUCAUUUUUAUGGAUGUAUCCGGAUGUAUACAAAUAAAUGUCACUAGAAAACGGUUUAAGCAAAUGCAGCUACUUUGUUGUUAUUAUGGCUGCACUCUUUGACGUGACUAAGUUAGCCAGCUAGCUAGCAAGCAAAGGAUAAAAACGUUGCCAGCCAAUAGAACAUUUAGAACGAACGACUGGAUCGCGUCUCUGGCAACCGAACCAAUAGAACAUUUAGAACGAACGACUGGAUCGCGUCUCUGGCAACCGAACCAAUAGAACAUUUAGAA